GAAGUGUAGUUUUCUCAGAACAGACAUUGCGCAGGCGGAAGGGCGCAGGCAGAGGUUAAAAACUACAAAUCCCAGAGGCACGUACGGAAACACACUGCGCGCCAGAGCGCCGCAGGCAGACGCUUGUAGAGCCUUUUAGCAGGGCGCCGAAGCCGAACCGAGCGGAUAGGAUAAUUAAUCAAAACUGAGAUUUUCACUCUCAUAACUCGGGAUCGACGCGCGGGGCCGUGAAACGGGCAUGACGGCCGCUCGGCGGUUUAACUGUGUUUCUCCGGCGGCAACGCGGCGAGUUUAGCUGCGAACAAAAAGAACGGAGCGCGGUUCUGCUCGCUUCACUGAGGAGGUCCGGUAAACGGGAACCCGCGGGGCUUCUGUGAGGCAGGGCCGGAUAAACCGUCUCUGCGGGCGGGUCAGGGCGUAAAGAUGCCGGUGCACACAAAGGAGAAGAAGGAGAGCAACCAUGAAGAGAUGGACGUGGAUUACCCGGAGCAGGACGGCAGCAGCUCCGACGAGGAGGACACGGAGAGCUCGUCCGUGUCCGAGGAUGGAGAGAGUUCAGAGAUGGACGAUGAAGACUGCGAGAGGAGGAGGAUGGAGUGCCUGGAUGAGAUGACUAACCUGGAGAAACAGUUCACAGAUCUGAAAGAUCAGCUGUAUAAGGAGCGAUUAAGCCAAGUUGAUGCCAAACUUCAAGAAGUGAUGUCGGGAAAAGCUCCUGAGUAUUUGGAACCUCUUGCAAACCUUCAGGAGAACAUGCAGAUCAGAACUAAAGUCGCUGGUAUCUACAGGGAGCUUUGCUUGGAGUCUGUGAAGCAUAAGUACGACUGUGAAACUCAGGCCGCUUUCCAGCACUGGGAGAGUGAAAAGCUGCUGCUGUUUGAUACGGUUCAGACCGAACUGGAGGAGAAGAUCAGACGUCUGGAGGAAGACCGGCACAGUAUAGACAUUACCUCAGAAUUGUGGAAUGAUGAACUACAGUCAAGAAAAAACAAGAAGAAAGAUCCAUUCAGUCCAGACAAAAAGAAGAAGCCCGUCGUCGUGUCUGGUCCAUAUAUAGUCUACAUGCUGCAGGACUUGGAUAUUCUGGAGGACUGGACAGCCAUCAGAAAGGCCAUGGCCACCUUAGGACCUCACAGAGUCAAAACCGACGCUCCUUCUUCCAAGAGUGAGAAACACCAGCACAGCGCCCGCUCGGAGGACGGGCGGCUGUUCUACGACGGUGAAUGGUACAGCCGCGGGCAAAACAUCUGCAUAGACAAGAAGGACGAGUUUCCCACAAGUGCCAUAAUAACUACCAUCAACCAUGAUGAGGUCUGGUUCAAGCGUGUGGACGGCAGCAAGUCAAAACUGUACAUCUCUCAGCUCCAGAAAGGAAAAUACACCAUCAAACACGCCUGAAUUCGCCUCACCUGUGACUUCAUUAUUGUUAAAGGACAAAGGGAAGCAUUUAACAGUGCCAUUCUAUUCACAGUGACCCAGUUUUAAACUGUCAAAAUUGUUUGAGGGGAACUGUCUGUCUGUCUGUCUCUGUCUGUCUGUCUGUCUGGGAGGGAAAACAGAAGCAAGUUCUGUUCCUUUUAAGAAAUUUGGUUAUUGUUGGCUUAAACGAGGUUAAUUAUGGAGGAUAUUAUUUGAGAUGACUGUUUUCUCUGAGGUAUUAUCGUGUUUUUGUACUCAUUUGUGCUCCUGUUAAAUGCUCUCAUAUUUUUCUACAUUCCUGCCUCAUGAUUAUUGUUACAUUUUGUAAAUAUACUCCUCUCCUCCACCUCCUGCUGGAUCGCUGUUACUGUUUUUGUUGAUAUUAAAGCGACAGUUUGGCGAAAAAACCACUCGAUUGGCUGAAACGCCUGCUUAUUAAUUUUAGCGCUGGAGCUACGAGGCUAUUGUGCUAGCUGUAUGGCUAAAUCAUCACAGUCGCCUCAGACUGUGGAGCUGUUCAGUGUCUCUAAUAGACCUGAUUAUGUGGUUCCUGACUGUGUGACUCACUGUGAUCUAUAAACACUGACUAGAAUAUCUAAAUGCUACAGAGCCACUAAGGGGCCGUGAUAAAAAAAGAGAAAAAGUUAAUGAAAUUGCAUUCCCUCGCAAAUCUUUUGCGUUCUCUCGCAAAAAAAUGAGUUCCCUCGCAAAUGUUCUGCAUUAUGAUGCAAACGGUUUGCAUUCGCUUGCAAAAGCUGUGCUUUGCUCAAGCUCAGAGACGGAGCGGCUCAGUGAAUUUUACGUUGAGCCUUGGAUUGAAGUAUAAAGACACAGUGUCGAUUCUCAAAAUCAAACAUGAUUCUGCUGUUAGUGACUCAAACUGAGGCUGAGGCUGAGGGGCCUCGUACAGUGAAAGCUACAUUUACAGAGACUGCAGAGAACAACAGCUGAAUAAACUCAGCUCAGACUGGCCAAACUGGGAAAACAGCUUUUAAGGUCAGCUAUGCUAAAACAGAGCUGUAAUGUAGGCAGAGUCGUUGGGCACCUCUGGUCCUACGUUUGCUUGAUGUCUGACCAGCAUAUAUUUUGCGAGGGAACGCGGUCAUUAACAUUUUCACGGCCCUUUGAGCGCUCAGUAAAUUCAGAAUUUAGACCGCUAGCUACUGUUUUUUUACGACGGCGUUCUAAAGGCACUGUUAAUAAAAAUAGUAGACUUUGAGAUUAAAGUCGUAAUAUUUGGAGGAUAAAGUGGUC